GGCAGUGGCCACACGCGUAGGCAACUCACUCUUGUUCUCUUACUAUCACUACCACCCAUUCUACCUUCAAAACCCGCAUUCAGCACACCGUCCAGUUCAGUAUUUGUCAAGAAGUACUCAAGGUCAUGGAGUCGCCGCGCUGGGAAACACUGCCGGGAUCUUCAAGCAAGCCGGGCGCAGAUAGCCCGACAAAGACUACCCCGGGAAGGGCGCGUUUCCGGCGCGCACUGGCGGCGGAGCCUUCAGAGAAGUUCGUCGUGUCUGACAGCGAAGAGGAACGGCAGCGACGCGUGAAGGCGAGACGCGCCGUGCUCGCGAAUGUUAAUAUGAAUGAGCUCCCGGUGAUCGAGAUAUCCGACUCGGAAGACGAGGACGAGUCAAGCACGUCCGUGGUCGCACAAAAGGGUGACUCCCAGGUCUCAGCGGGGAAUCCCGACGGCUCUGCUCAACAAACGCCACAGGCUACGCGCAUACGCCUUCUAACACUCCACGCGCGACGCGUCGUUGUCAGCUCUGAUUCUGAGGUUGAGAAUGGUGACGUCAAACAGGGUCGGCCGAGUGAAUAAAUCGUCGAAGCUCGACCGUAUGAACGUAGACGAACGUACGUCGGUGGCUGUCCGUGGCUGCAUUGUGUGGGCGUCUUCGCGCGAGCGAGCGAGGCGUUCGGUAGACACGUGUACGGUAGGCGCCGAGUAUAUU